AUGUUUCUUCGACUUACUGUGGAUAACGAGGAACGCGAUCCAGCCAGGCAGCUUGAACCCGUUGACCUCGAUGGCGUUGGCGGCAGCCGUGACGCCGUUGCCCAGAGAGUCGCGAAUCAUACCGCCGUCGAUGGCGUAGGUGUUUCCCUCGUUGGAAAUCCUGAUUGUGCCGGUAGGGACCACCUGCUUGAGAAUCUUUGUGGCGUUGCUGUCGCCGUUAAACAUGUCGAGCGAGAUCGUCUUGCUCCGGAUCAGGCCCAGGCCGAUGAGACCCAGACCGCCGACACCCUGACAGGUGAGGGCGUUGACGCCGGCCUGCGCGGCUGUGGAGAUAGUCUGGGCGUUGAUCACGACGGAGAGGUUGAACCCGUUGGAAGUGUCGACGGAGACGGCGGGCGGGGGGUCCUGACGGGUGACGAGACCCAAGCUUCGGCGCUGAGCGGGAGUGGCCGGUGCGGGUGCCGAUGCCGCCGAAGCGCUUGCGGCGGGAACAGGAGUUCCUUGCGGGUUCUUGGCCAGCCCGUAGAUGACCAGAACACCCUGCCCGCCAAUACCGCUGCCAAAGCCGGUGGAGGCGCCGCCGAGCGAGUCGUCAAACUGGACCUUGGAAUCCGGCAUCGCACCCGUAGGGAUCGUGGCGUUGCCCGCGAAGAUGGACUGCACGCCGCCCAUGCUCUGGAUGGAGUCGCCGGCGCCCUGGAGGAAGCCGCGGGCGAAACCCUGCGCAACCUUGCCGAUCUCAAUCUGCUGGCCGUUGAAGUCAAUGGUCGACGGGAUCCCGCCACCAUUCUGGGUCGCCUUCAUGGCGCCGCCCGCCUUGUUGAGCAACUCGGUCGCGGUGCCGUUCUGCAGGAAGCUGCUGGUCAGGGCCUUGGCAAAGGUCUGCGAGACGCCGCCAAAGUCGAUGGAGCCGUCCGGCAUCUGCUGCAUGAGCACGUCCGAGUCGGGCUGAAGGCCGAGGCCGACGGUGGCGCCCUGGCCCAGACCCUUGCCGAAGCCCGAGGCGGCGGCCGGGAGGAUGCGCAUGAUCUGGCGCACGGAGUCGGAGUUGCUGGCCUGGCUGAAGAGCUGGUUGGUGUCGAUGUUGGAGGACACGGUCUUGGUGAGCGCGAAGCCAAAGGUGCCGAGGACGUUGGGGAUGCUCGAGUCGUUUGGGGGCGCGAGGUUGGCCGCGUUGGCGUUGAGCUUGAGGCCGGCUACGGUGCCGUUGCCGAUGCCCGUGGCCAGAGCGAGGGCGAUGGGCUGGAGCUGGUCCGAGAAGUUUCCGCCCACUUUGGAGAGAUCGACGGAGCUGAGAAGGGUCGAGGUCAGGCCGACGCCCAGAUUCUGGAUCGCAGGGUUCAGGCCGGUCGCCUCCAUCUUGUUGUCAGCCGCGACCUUGGCCGCGACCUCCAUCGUCUUGGCUUGGGUCGACAGGUUCAGCCCCUGAGCUGUGCCGGCACCGACGCCGAUACCGAGGAACAUGCCCGGUCCGUUGAGGUUGCUGACCAGCUGGUUUCCGACGUUUUUGAGGCCGUCCGUCAGGGGUUGGAGAAGGCCGCCGAGGACGCCGGGAGACAUGUUUCCUGCGGGAGCUGCACCUCCACCGCCGCCAAAAAGGUCGCCAAUGCUGGGGAGCUGCCGCUUCUCGACGCCUUCUGUCUCGCCAUCGCUCAGGAGAUCGUCGUCGUCCAGAUCAUCGAGGCUCCUCUUGAUCUUGUCCUGGUAUUCUUGCAGAGCCUCCCUCGUCUGCUGGAGCUCGGGCGAGUCGUAGCGAGCAACCAGCUGGUCGGAGAGAUCGACGGUGAAUUCAACCAUGGACAAGAGGGUCCGCCUGAGCCGGGGGUCGUUCCCGAUAGCUUCGACGGUGUCGGGUGUGACGAUGGAAUCGAGAGCCUGGCCCCAUGA